AUGGCCUCCAGAAUUGUCGCCCCUAAGAUGGCCCAGAUGGCCGCCCGCCCUGCCUUCCGCGCUGUCCAGCCCAAGGUCGCCCAGCGCGCCUUCUCUGGUCUCCGCCAGGCCACUUUCGUCCGCCCCCAGACCGUCUCCAUGGUCCAGAAGGUCGCCCCUGCCGCCCGCCGCGCCUACUCUUCCGAGAUGGCCAACGCCCUCGUCCAGGUCUCCCAGAACAUUGGUAUGGGUAACGCUGCCAUUGGUCUCGGUGGUGCCGGUAUCGGUAUCGGCCUUGUGUUCGCUGCUCUCCUCCAGGGUGUUGCCCGCAACCCUUCCCUCCGUGGUCAGCUCUUCUCUUACGCCAUUCUGGGUUUCGCCUUCGUUGAGGCUAUUGGUCUCUUCGAUCUCAUGGUUGCCAUGAUGUGCAAGUACGUUUAA